AUGGGAAGAGCCCCUUGCUGUGACAAAGCAAAUGUGAAGAAGGGACCAUGGUCUCCUGAAGAAGAUGCAAAGCUCAAGGAUUAUAUCGAGAAAUUCGGCACCGGUGGAAAUUGGAUUGCUCUUCCUCAGAAAAUCGGGUUGAAGAGAUGUGGGAAGAGUUGCAGGCUGAGAUGGCUCAACUACUUGAGGCCUAACAUAAAGCAUGGUGGAUUUACUGAGGAAGAAGAUAACAUUAUUUGCAGCCUCUAUAUCAGUAUUGGGAGCAGAUGGUCGAUAAUUGCUGCCCAGCUGCCUGGAAGAACGGACAACGAUAUCAAGAACUACUGGAACACGAGGCUCAAGAAAAAGCUCCUAGGCAGGCGCAGGCAGUCGAACGCGAACCGUGCCUCGGGCAUUUCGGGCCAGGAGCCCAAAAAUGCAACCGAAGACGAAAACAACUUUGUUUCGCAAAGCCUGAGCAGCUCGGCACUCGAAAGGAUUCAACUCCACAUGCAUCUUCAAAGCCUUCAAAACCCUUUGUCCUUCUUCAAUAAUAUUCCACCACUUUGGCCCAAAUGGAACCCCAUUCAACAAAAAACGAUACAAACCCUAAAUUCUCUUAGUGAGAAUCAUAAUAACCAAAACAACAACCUAAUUAUCUCUCAAACUGCCCCACAUGUCCAUCUCCACCCGCAAAAUUUCGACCAUUUGAGCAUUUCGAGAACUGACGAAAUCGAACGUUCGGUUAGUAAUCUGUCGUCUUCCGAUCAAAGCUCGUUCGUGAUGAACCUUGACGAGAAAGUUUUUACCGAGCAAAAUGCUCAAGAGCCCGGUUUUACUCAAGCCGAGCUUGACGAGUUGCUGAAUUAUAGAAGUUCAGAUUUUUAUGGAAGUAAGAUAGGUGAAAGUGAUUCUUCAAAUGACAAUAUUGGAUGGUGGCCGAAUGAAUUCGACGCCAGCUCAGCAUCGUUGAGCUCGUGGACCGGGUCGGGUAGUAUGCUUCAAGAUCAGGCUCAAGAGAUGUACAAUGAUUAUGUGAUGAAUGGACAUAUAUAUAGUAACCAAUAA